AUGGAAGCGGGCCAUUCGCCCGAGCACGGAUGGACGCAGCUCGCCCAGGGCGGGCGCGGGGGUGGCCAGCAGUGCCCAGGAUCCGCGCGCGCAGCGGCCGCGGCGAAGGGCCGGGGAGCGAAGGUGCGCGUGCUCUGGAUCGCCUCCCGCAAGGAGCUGUGGACUAAGGGGGCGACGUCAGGCGACACGCUCGACCCAGUGGAGGCGGCACGAGGCGCUCGUGGUGCUGCUGGUCUCCUCCGCGUCCCGGAGGGCGACGACGCCGCCGCCGUCCUGGAACGCAGCGCCUGGGACUGGAGACGAUGA